AAGGGAUAGCAGAGGAUCUGUCCUCGGAGCCGUCUCUGGAUCGGACUCUGUUCGAUGUUGUCGAUGAGAGCCUCUUUAUGCUGGACCAGAAGCUUAUGAGCGGCAACAGGAUACUAAACAAAAUUUACUAAAGACUCUUCAGUAAGAAGACCUGUGCUGCAUCGAGAAGAUGUAGUGGUCGGUUGGGAAGUUAUAUUUAAAAUUCAUUGUGGUACCCUUUUUUGCCGUUAUCUUAAUUAAUUGUUUUAGGAUUAUGACUCCCCUCCCCUCUUGUUUGUCUUCUCGUCCUUGAGAUAUUUCGUUCGUCGAUCAUGAUUCUUGCUUACUACUAUAAAUGUUAAUAACAUACUGUGGCAUAUUUAGUUUAAGAAAAUGCCAGUGGAGGAUGGCGUCAGAGGGGAUAAUAUGUAUUGAGGGCGUGCUGCUGUUGCUUAACCUUAAGAAAUUGGAGGCUAUAAUUGAGAAAAUGUCCUCGACUAUACGAGAGACGAUGCUGGGGAUGGGGCAAGUGUUUCUAUGUAUUUUUCAGGAAGUGUCUACUACUUCCAUUGCGUAGUUCUGAAAAGCAGGGCUGUAGUAGAUUUCUAAUCAAGUUGCGGAGCUCUAUAGCCUGUAUGAGUGGGACGAGCGCAUCACAGAGUUCGUUAACUUAUAUGAAGAGUUUACUCCGAAGCCGGACCCGGACCCGGUCGGCAAAGCACCAGGCAUGGGCGUAGAGCAAAAUAUGCGAGAAGAAUGGC